GGAAAAAGAAGAGCGUGUCACACUUAAUUCGGUCCCCGUGUGUUGCUGGUUCCAUAAACCAAGUCAACACGCGAAUCAUACAAAAACAUAUGUGUACAUUUGUUUAUAUCCAUAGACAGCGAUAAGGUGAGUUUGUGUAGAUGUCUGACACUGGAGAAGAGUGGCAGGUGGCCCGAAAACGUAAAGGCGCAGCGCGGAAAUCAAAGAAAACACACCAGGGAACUUCGGCCUCCAGGUGCCGCCAGGAGGAGCCGCUGGAUAUCGGGAAAACCAUUAAACGAAUCAGAGAGACGGCGUCUGAGCUCAGGUGUGACGGGAUUUGGCAGAAAUGGAAAGAGCAGCUGCUGGUGGCAGGAUCAGCAUCUCUGUCUAAACCUCCCGAGAGUAAAGACACUGAGGAUCCCACUGAGCAGCCGGAGAAAGACGGGGAAGGCAGCCCAUGCCGGCAGCUGGAGUGUGUGUGUUAUGGCCUGGGCUCCUUUUCCUCUUGUCCAGUUGCUCGCUUCCAGCUUGCCAUGUUACUGCUGCUGCUAGAUGCAGGGCAGAUUCCACUGGAGGACUGUUCUGUUUAUGACCCGAUGUUUUCCACUGCAGAGAGGGACAUUUUGAGGAAGCUGGGUCUGAAUGUGCUCACAGAGAACGAGGAAGGGAAACGUCUGGCAAAAAAGCCCACACUCUUCUACCUGAUGCAUUGUGGAAAAGCUUUGUACAACAACUUGCUGUGGAGGAACUGGAGCACACAGUGUCUUCCUCUUAUGACAAUUGUUGGAAACAGCUUCACUGGAAUGAGUGACAGGACAGUCGGCCGAGAGUUCCAGCGCGACUACAGCUACAUUUAUCAUGCUUUGAACGUGUGCGAGGAGCGACGGCUGCCCUGUCCAUCGCGUCUCAUUGAAGUCUUCAGUGACACAGCGGUCAUCACCUUUCCUACAAACAGCCUUAACAGACUCCCGCAAUCCACCUGGGCAGAGCCAUGUGAACCAGAGUACCUGCACUGCCCUGAUUUGGAGAUUAUACAAAAAGUCAGCAGUGACACAUGAGGUGGCUAAUACUGGACCUUUUUUUUAUUAUUGUUUCUGUUAAUAUGACUUAAAAAAAAAUUAAUUGUGCUCUGAAUUGAUGCUUGACUUUUGAGGUAAAAUAGAAAAAUAUCAACCUCUUUGAAUUAAAUAAUUGAAGCUGGCUUUCACAUAGAAAGGAAAAAAUUGAUAGUAUUGGGAGAACUUAUUAAUUUGUCUGGUGCAGUGAUAUUUAAUUUCUUUACAGAUUAAAUCCUCAUUACUUAGUUGUAGGUGAUUGUCAGGGCUGAUGUGUGACAGAAGGAGAGCAGGGGAAGUUCUACAAGCCGUCACUGAGACCUGCUAUGGUAUUUGGCUGGGAGACAGUGGCACUGUCUAAAAGACAAGAGGUGCUGGAGGGACCAGGAUGGACAGGAUUGGGAAUGAACAUAUUUGAGGGACUGAUCAGGUUGUGCGGUUUGGAGGUGGUUUGGUCUCGUGCAGAGGAGGCAGUGAUUAUAUUGGACAAAGGAUGUCUAAGAUGGAGCUGCUGGGCAGGAGGAAAAGAGGAAGGACACGGGGACAAUUGGUGCAACAGAAGACGACACGAGAGAGAACAAAAAAACCUGAAAGAAGAUUUCUGGAGCACAGUAAAACACAAGAUGGUAUUUUCACCCAACAUGUAAACAUUUGCCAGUAAACUUUAAUCUUGUUUUUUUUUACCUUUUGCUUCUGUCAGAAUAAACUUUAAUUGUCUUACAAAA